CUGCGAAAGGUGCCUGGUUACCCUCGCUUCACCUACCUGGGUGACCCCGGGCUGGGGCAGCACCACCUGUUCAUCAGCAGUGUGACCAUCAAGGACGACGGCGAGUACCAGUGUCAGGUGGGCCCCACCUUCACCAACCCCCCCAUCUGGGCAGCCGCCAACCUCACAGUCCUCCUGCCGCCGACGAGCCUCAAAGUGGAGGGGGGGAAUGAAGGCAGUGUGGUGGAGGUAAGGGCGGGGGACACCAUCACCCUCCGCUGCCAGGUCAACAACGCCCGCCCCCCGUCCUCCAUAAUGUGGUACCUGGGAGACACUCAGGUGAACACAGAUCAAGAGGAGUCGCAGGUGAUGCCGUCGUCAGUGGCGGACAGGUGGAACGUGAGGAGCCAGGUGGUGUUGAGGGCUAAGGCUGAGGAUGACGGGAAGAAGGUGACAUGUAGGGCGGUACACCCAGCUCUCCAGGGUUCUGCUGGCCUGGUAGCCACCCGCACCCUCGCUGUCUUCCACCCACCAGACCGACCUGUCAUCAGCGGGUAUGCGACGGGAGAGGCGCUGAGGGCUGGUGUGCGGCGCUCCCUCACCUGCCGUGUGUCAGGAGGCAACCCACGUCCCUCCCUCUUCUGGUACCGCGAUGGCCGCCUCCUGGACGACACCUACUCCCGAGACGCCACUAGCACGAUAAACAUCCACGACCUGGUGGUGACGGCGGCGGAGGACGGCGCCAAGUACGAGUGUCACGUCAGCAGCAGACUCCUGGAGCAACAGCUGGAGGCCAACGUCACCCUCACCGUCCACUGUGAGUCUUUCUCCAACCUCACCGUCCACUGUGAGUCACCCUCCAGCCUCACUCUAACCCUCACCGUCCACUAUCCGCCGUCGGAGUUACUCCUCACUGUGUACCACGUCCCUGAAGCCUGUGUCAGUGUCUUGUGCUUUCUGUCGUGA